AUGAAUUCCACAGUUGGGAUGGAGAAUUUCAGCCUGAGCACCACAUAUGACCCAGACAAACUGUGUAAUCCGGCUGACUACCCCGAGGAGAGGUGGCCCUUUCUCUUUAUGUACCUCAUCAUCAUUAUCAGCGGGAUUCCCUCCAACUCCUUCUUCCUCUAUGUGUCCUGGCAGAACAUCAGAAAGAGGAACGCCCUGGGCAUCUAUCUGUUUAACCUGGCCCUGUCUGGCCUCCUAUUCACUGUGGGCCUGUCUCUGUGGGUGAACUUUAUGUGGCAUGGUGUCUGGUUUCACGGGGAUGCAGUGUGUAUUCUCUCUGUAAUCCUCCUCUUCACUAACUUCUACACCAGCGAUGGGCUGCUUUGCUGUAUUGCCCUGAACCGUUACCUGGCUGUGGUCCACCCGUUAAAGUACCCCAUCCUGAGGAGGCUCGACACUGCCGUGGUGAUCAGCGUGGCUAUCUGGGUGCUGGUGGUCUCCUUCAACGCCGCCACCAUCAUCUGGAUUGACUCGUACAACUCGGAGGAGCAGAGGGCCAUGUGUUUAGACGUGUUCCCCUUGAGGGGCAGGCUGGCGCAGGUCAACGUGGCUCGCUUCGUCCUGGGUUUCCUGCUUCCUUUCCUGCUGGUGUCGUUCUGCUACCGGAGGAUCUGUGUGGCGGUCUGCUCUAACCAGGCCACGGAGGAGCAGGAGAGGAGAUGA